CAACACAUGUCAUAACGUAAGAACGUCAAUAGUAUGUCUUCAUUGCCGCAAUAACUGAUGGAGUGUAGUUGGCUACGCCUGGCUACACUUUUACUGUUUGUAUUGCUUUGUGUCUCGUCGUUGUGUUCGCACCAGAUUACGCGGUUCAGCAACAAGUGGUGGGGCGGUUUUGUGCGUUAGACGUAUUCCCCUCAUACGUUUUCUCGUUGUGUCCACCUCCAGAAUUGUGUCUUAUUAUUGUGAGGACGUGGGUCAAAAUGGAAGAUGUGGUAACAGAUUCUGUGCCUUCCCCCCCUCGGUCAGUACAUGAGACUGUUGUGAAGCCUGAAAAUGAGCAUAGGCCUAAAUAUACACCUGAUACAACUUUACCAUCGGCACACCCUUAUCAUGGGAGCAACCCAGACAAAAUCAAUAGUGGUGCAUCUCAAUCAGCUGAGAAAUCACCCACACAUGAUAGCAAAACCAACUCAAAAGACUUCCCCCGUGGUUACUCUAAAGUGCCGAAAGGGGGAAAUUCCAAGGGAAGAGUUAACAACUAUAUAAAUAUUCAAAACGCUCAAAACAUUGUGAUUGGGAAUGUCAAAAAUAUUUUUCCAUCCCCAAAUCCCUGUCAUGAGAGACAGGAUAAGAAGAAGGAAAACAAUGAUCUAACUCUUUCUGACGAUGACAGAAAAAAGCUGAAAGAAUUGAGAGACUCCUCAAAAUCAGUAACGCAGAAGGACUUAAUAAUUGUUUCUGAGUGUUUAACAUUGGAUGGAAUAAAAAUUCUUGCAAAAAAGCUUGAAAUUAAAAAGCAGAUAUUUAAUCAACUACAAAUAACAUAUGGACAUGAACUCAGUGAGCUGUGUUUUCAAGUACUGCAACAUUGGACAGAUUUGUGCAAGGAGCGACCUGGAAAUUUACCAAUGCUCAAUUUCUUGAGUAUUCAAUUGGUAGAUGUACUGGCAGAGGGUGGGGAUGAGGCUCUUAGGAACCUCCACAGGCAUAAUUACGAUUCAUCCUAAACUGUAAUCGUCAUUUAAUUUAAAUAUAAUUAUAUAUCUGUACCAGAUCCAUACUAGUGCAUACUUGAUUUCGUUCAGUAGCAUAAUAAGUUUUUCCUUGCCAUAUAUUUCAGUUUGGUGAUCCUUGCAUAGCGAUUUAAUGAUAUAUUGCUCUGCUUAAUUCUUUAUCUCAGGUUGUUGUCUUUCCUUUUUUAACCCAUAAUAUAUUUUUUUUUUUUUUUUCUUUUUGAAUAGCUUGUUCAGUCCAUGAACACACAAAUUUUUCUUUUCUUUCAAAUUUUAACAAAGCUUCUUGCUGUUUGCAAAAGUUUUCUGUUUUGGAAAGACUGCAGUUUCACCAUCUUGGAGUUAGAAAUUUUGUUCAGCAUUCAAAAGCUGACAGUGACUGCUUAGAUGAUGUUCACUUGCAACAAUUCCUAAUGUUCCUAAGUUACAUGUCAAUUGAAGUCCAAUUUCCUCUGUGCCUGUCUAGAUUUUGGUCCUUAAACAGAUCCUUCUUGAGUGUGACUAGGCACAGGGGAUCCCAAAUUGUUGUUCGUAAUAACAAAAGUAACUCCUACACUUGCACCAUAUUUUUAAAACAUCAAAGUUCAGAAUGUUACCUAGUGAACUAUAUUUCGUUUGGCCUGUAAAAUAUGUCAAAUAAAAGCGACAACCAUAAGCAGAAA